AUGGGAAAUAGAAAAUAUAGAAAUGAAUAUACUAAAGAGGAGUUAAUUGCUGCUAUAAAGUUAAGGAAUAGUGAAAAAUACAUAAAAUGGUAUAAUGAAGUGUUGAGUAAAAAGAUAAAGACUAUUGAAAUGUAUGCUUCUAUUGCAAAUUCAAUUAGUUAUGACAUCAGACCUACCAUACUUAAAACAAUAUAUGAGAGACUAGAAUUUGAGUUUAAAGAAUCUUUUCUUCAAGAGUUAAAAAUGGGUGUUAAUCAACACUUUGUGUAUUAUGAUACUUUCUAUAGUGUUUAUAAUUUAACAAGUAUAAUUAAUACAUUUAAAUGUUCUAUAGAUAACUAUGACUCACACUCUGAUAAAUCAAUUAUUAGAAAUUUCUAUUUAAAUCACUAUAAAAAGGAUGUAAAUAAAAAAGAUCACAAUAUUCUUUAUGAUUAUAUUUUAGAAAGUGAAAGUAAUAAGAUUUUUGAAGAUUUAAAAGAAGAAAUUGAAAUUUUAAAUGAAAACAAACAAAAUAAUGAUUAUUACACAAUUAAUAAGGUUGUGUUUAAUGACUUUCUUGAAAAAGUAAAAAUGAGUUUAGAGCCUGUAAAUGAUAAAUUUAGAAAAAAUUCUAAAUUAGAAAAUAAAAACCAAGAAUUUAUAAAAGAAAUUGAUUUAGUUAGAAAAGAUAUAGAAGAGUUGAGAUCAUCUUUAUUGAGUAUUAUUAAAAAGAUGGAUUAA